UGCUUUUUGUUUAUUUGUCAUUUCUUUUUACUUUAUUCUAUUAUUUUCACUUUCUUCGUUCUCCAUUGGACCCCCUUGGUAACCAUGACUCCUCCUGGAACCAAAAGACCUGCUGCUGAACAAUUAUCAGGACGUGAAAAACGAAAAUACAAAAAUAUUCACGCUCGAAUCAUCGAAAAAGGAACUUUCAAAUCUAAAGAAGCUCAACUAGGUGAAUCUCUUACAUGCACACAACACGCUACUGCUCGACUACAACAGAUCAAUACUCUACAAACGUCAAUAAAAAAUGCAAGCUAUGCCAUCAAUGUCUUGACUUUUCAAUCGGUUCCAAAGGAUCUUCGUCGUAGAACAGCAAGUCAUGAUGUUCGUCGUCUUCCUCAACGACUACGUCAACGUGCUGCCAAAGAAAUGGCAAAAUCACCACCUGUCAAACGGAAAGCUAAACGUUGCAUGCGAAAACCAAAACCAAAAUCAUUAGUAUUAGAAUAUCUUCGACGACAAGCAAACAAAAAGUGGAUGGAAACUCACAUUUGGCAUACAAAGCGAAUGAAAAUGAAAGAUAUAUGGGGUUAUCGAUUGGCAUUACAUCCAAAUGUGAAAGCAGAAAGACCUUGUUAUCGUGCAUUUUCUCAUUUAUCCAUAUUACAUGAUGCUUCUUAUUAUGGUUGUUUGGAAUGGUCUGGAAAUCGUCAAUCCAUUGUAUCUAUACUUGAUCGAUUCAUGGAUCCUUUUAUGCCCUCAGUUGGAAGUGCAAGAUAUACGAAAGGAAGACGUAUUGGUCAUGGAUUAUUAUAUCGAUCUUACCCAACCCAAUUCUUCUGUCCGAUCACCUUUUUAUGGCGACAAGAUGAAAUGGAACAAAAUCAGCAAACUCAAUUAUGGAUGUGGAUUCAUCCUUCGGUUUUUCAGGAUGUCCUCUCUCAUUUUCAGUCUGCUACGAAGGAUUGUGAGGAUAUCAAAUUGUUGGAUCAACGAAAUGAACUACUUAGAUUUGAUUUUACCGGCCCAAGAUCAACUUCAUUGUUACAAACUAUACUUGAACCAGUAACGGAGAAUUCAACAAAUGCUAAAAUUUGGCGUGAUCUCAAACUUUUACGAUCAUCUUCAUCCUUACCUCUUGGGACUGUCAUUGGUCUUACUGUGAAGGAUCCUCGAUUUGCGUUUCCACAAAAAGUACCAUCCAGACACGAUGCUGAUGAUCCAUUGGCAGAUAUCAAGAUUCAAAACCUUUGCAGAAAUUGGCCAAACAACGCUGCUAUUUCCAAUAUCUGGGAUCGAGAGAUUUGUAAUGAUAUACACAACAAUAGGAUAUCGGAUCAUUUGCUCCUUUUGAAACGACAAGAACUUCAAGGGGAUAAACCAACAAAAGAAACCACAGUAGUACCUUUUACACCCUCUGAUUCAUCAAUACCCAUAUUACUUAUUCAACGUGGAUUAUACUCUCUGGACGCUACCAAUGGGAACAACUCGAAAGAAUUUUGUGAAGGCUGGUCAUUGAUUUUACCACGUGGAUGGGGAAUGGCUUUUUGGAAAUCUUUUAUAUUUGCAGGUGCAAGAACAGGUGGUUUACGGGAUGUUCGUUCUAUGCAUUUUGAAAGUGGGCUUGCUUCAUUUCCGUAUGAUUAUCCUGGUACUCAAGCAUGGGAAGAAUUACGACAACAAUACAAACAACAGGCGGAACAAGUAUGGCUAAAAAGACCUCCAGCAAAACGGGUUAACUAUAAUAUCUCAAAUACCAAGUAUCCAUUUGAGGCUCCUUUUGAAAUACUUUUGGAUUCAUCAUCAUCAUCAUCAUCAUCAUCAUCAUCAUCAUCAUCAUCAUCAUCAUCAUCAUCAUCGUAUUCACCAAAAUACUGGAUUAUUCAAGAACAACGACUACUACUUGCGGGUUUAUCAUCGAAUUCGCCUAUGGAUUUAUCAACAAUAUUCCAACGACGAAAUAUAUCAUUAGACAAGGAUACGAUUGACAGGGAUUGGAAACGAGCAAUAGUGAAAGUACACGUUGUUAUGCCUGAUGGAGGAAAACCUGUACAGAAUGCUUCCAUUCAUGCGAUAAACACGGAUGACAAUGGCGUACCUUGUGAUCCAAUUGGUUAUAUGACAACGGCUGGAUUCUCUUUGACCCAAGGAUGUGGUGCUGGUAUAGGGGCCUGCACUUUGACCAGUUUACGGCAACUCAUUCAACAACACGUGCAUGAUGGUCGUAAUUACAAGUCUCUUCCUCCAUUACCCAUAUUUGUCAAAAAUCCUUCUAGUAUGAAACUUCGUCCUGCUUUUCUUUCCAUCAUUACAUUGUAAAACUUUAUAUAGCUUCAUUUUUUUUUUUUUUUU